AGGAAGUUGUUGCACAAUGUUUCUACUGCGCUCAUUAAUUGGCGCAAGCGAAGGAAGCGUCCGCUCCGAUUGGCUGGUAUUGCGAUGGUGCUUGACCAAUAGUGUUUGGCAGUACGUGAGCGCGCGAAGUGGGCUGUGCAGUUGCUGGAGGCGCUGGUGAAUGUUCUGGAAAGUUGCAGCAUCUGGAGAAUUAUAACUUUAUCAUAUGAUGAUGGACAGACUUUAAACAAUCAAGACAUGAGUUACUUGCUGCAGAAUUUCCAACUUCCGAUUUAUUACUAAUCUACUUCAGUUUCUGCUCAGUGGCAACCCACCCAGGAUGAUGUUUGAGAUACAGUGAUGGAAUAUCUGAAUUUAAAAUGGGUUCCAUUUUACUGAUCUGCCAAGAGUAAUGUUCUAUUACGGUUGCAUCACUGAGCUAGAUGUUAGAACAGAAUUCGAGGAAUGCCAUGUAUGAUUUUGCAGCCUCUUGUCGAGAAGAUUUGGGACCAUUAUGUUCAAAUUGGUUUGAGGAACUUAGUUUGUUGGCAGCUUCUAACCACCUUAAACAACCUAGAAAUGACGCUCGUUGCUUUAUUUCAAGUUAUUUCAAAACACCGUGGCAGAAGCAGACUCUGCACAGCCAGCUAGAUUGUACUCCAUCAAUUUUCAGUGGUCUAACUUUAAUUACUCCGUCAGUAUCCGUGACAGAAAAAGGGAAUGAUGAAACUUGGUUGAAAGGAGUAGGAAACAGUUAUUCCUCUGUGACCCAAGGAAUUAAAACUCCAUACAAGACGAGCGGGAAUGAAACCUCAAACCCAACCUCUGAAAUUUCUACAAUAACAAGCCCUAUUCUGUUGCAUAAUACGUACAGGGCUCUACAACACCCUUACUCCAUACAAGAUGGUGGAUGUUCAUUUUUCAGCCCUCCAGUGUCAUCUGAAGUCAUGUCAAAGCAGAUUUUGGAAAGUCUUGGGGUUGAGAUGGAUCCUGACAUGUCUUGGACCAGUUCGUUAGCAACUCCUCCAUCAUUGAAUCCAACAGUCAUUAUAUGUAAAGCCAGAGAAAAUAACCUGCCUCAAGACAGGCCAAAGGAAGUACAAGUGCCUUUACUUUUACACAGCAAUUUAAAUAUACAAUGCGAUGCAUUUGCUGUUGGUCUAAACAGUAUCCAUGCAAUGUCUGUAAUUGGGGAGGAGGAAAGUGAAGAAGUGGAAGCUGUUAAUCAGAGUCAUGUGCCUGGAGAUGACCCAAACAGUUUAUCUAAUAAGAAAAGCGAUGAAGAUGAGAAGCUGUUUAUUUCUAGGACUGUCUCUGAUGAAUCAAUGCCUUUCACUGAGUCUACACAUUUGGGACUAAGAAGAGUGAAAUCCUAUUCUAGAGAGAGAAUACAAAACUCUACAGUUCGCAACUUUCAGUCAAACACUAUUAAAGCUUUAUCACCUUGCUCUACUGAUGAAAAAUGUUUGGAAUGCAUCGUGGCUGAAUCAGACUGCAAUAUGUUUUCAAAUAACUUGACUCUUAGUCCAGUUAAAGAGAGCCAUACCAAACAGAUUUUUUUGAAUGCAGAUAACUUGGUCGUCAAUUUAAACCAGAAUCCUGAUGGUCACUUACGUGACAAACGUUCAGAGAAGGAAUUAUCAGCUCAUAAUAUAACUUCUUCAUCAUCUGACUGGUCUCAGCUAAAUCUGUCAGAACUUGAUGAGAACCAUUUGAUGAAUGAAUACUCUGAUGUUGCAAAUUCUUCUACAGCUGCAUUGUGUUUGAAAAAUGUUGGUGAUCCAAAACUCAUUUCUAAUGGAGAAGCUAAUAAUCAGCAAUUGGGUAAUGCUUUAGAAGAAAACAUUGAUAAAGGAUCCAGUUCUGUGACCUGUGAAAAUAUAGUUCCAAUAUUACAGAGGCCAACCUCUCAUUCUUUAACAGGCGAAAUAACCACACCAAAGAUUAAUUUUAAUCAUUGUGCAUUUGCUUAUGAUUUCAGCACAGUUGAUGAAAGCACAAAGCAUUCUAGAGCAGAAGUGAAAGCAAGUACUCCAAAUCAUGCUCAUGGUAGAAUGCAGUUGUCAAAGCUGCCCACUUCUGAAAUUCCUUGCACAGAUUAUUAUAAAACUGAUGAUUCAACACCAGUUCAACCAUUUGUUGAGGAAUGGUUGGAUUCGAAUUCAGAAACUGGAGCAAUCAGACUUUUUCCCUUUUGCAAGAACGAAAGAACACAUAUGAAGGAGGGAAAUAACCUUGAAAAUAAAGUGAAUUCAAUACAGCCCAUAACUUCUUUGGAAGAUCAGAAAGUCAGUUUUACAGACUCCCUCAGUGAUGACAAUAUUCCCUGUCAAUCUGCUGUAGAUUCGAGAAUGCUCAGGGACGGUGUUGACUGUGUGACAUGUCCAGAUGCAGCUAAAAAUCCCUCACUGGUUCAGGAUUUGAUAAAAUGUCAAGUAAAUGAGGAAGACCUUUGGCUUUCUAGUCUGAAAGGGCGUCCAAGGAAAUUUGUUUACACUGUGCAAGAUCCUUCAAAUCAUCAAGCACAAGAGAACAUCUCUCUGGACAUAACGGAAUCGCAAAAUAAAACAGUGAUUCAGCCAACAUUAGAGCAGCGAUUCUGCAAAUUAUCUGCUCAAGAUUCUAGAAAGCGAACAGAGUCUGCGAAAGGUUUCACUUCUUCAGCUGCUUGCCGAGAAAACAAAGUGGCUACCAGUAUUGAUGAUCCUGGCAUCGAUCACUCUGAAGCAAAUGAAAACCUGCAACAGAAUCAUUGUCUUCCAAAGGAAUGUGACAGUGUAGAAAAUGGAGUAUUGCCUCAACAUUUUACUGAUGAAACUGGUGAAAAUGUAUCCAAUGCUUCAAGUAACGGCAAGAUUUGGGAUCAUUUUGUGAACAGCAAGCCUGUUUCUUGCGACAGAAGAGACGGUAGAAUUUUUGCCACAGCUUGUCACACGGUGGCUAAAACGUUAGCUUUUGAGUCUGAAGUGGUGUUGACUAAUCAUUUUGGUGCCCAGGCUGAAGGUGCUGAGGACAGUCAUGUACUUUCAGUUGUUAACUCUGUUCAGCCAGAGAGGACAUGUGUAAUUGAAAACAGUAUUAUGGAGAAUAAGGGAAGGUCCUAUUUUGAGCUUAGAUUUUCACCUUUACCUGAUGCCAAUCAAAGUCCUUUGCAUUAUAAUUGCAGUAAAACAAAACUUGGUGGAAACACCGCUAUCCAUGACAAGCCUGACAGCAAUUCUGUCUUUUUACCAACUUCUACACAAUUAUCAACCAAGAAACUAUCCUGCACUUCAAUAAUAUCUCAUACAGUAUCAUCUCAGUCCUCCUGUAUCACUAAUAUUUUGCAUAAAACAAAGAAACUUUAUGAUCUUAAAUGUAAGGGAACUUUGGAAAAAAAAGUUACUUUUUCUGAACUCUGUCAACUAAGGCCACGAGGCAAUACGGAGAUAUCAACUUCUUUGGGUAAAGAGAAACAAUUAGAGGGAAGUCUUGAUACUAACAAGGGUUUACCAAAUGAAAGGCAGCAACUUGACUCCUAUACUUGUGUAGAAGCUAAAAAGAGACAGUGUACUAUUAAUGCGGAUUUCCACACUGGUAAUAGAAAAAUUGCAGUUUUGGCAUCCACUUUGAAGAGGAGAAAACUAAUUGCUGAAAUAGACAAUGAGGCAUUCUUGACUUCUUCAAAACCUCUAUUCGUGCAGUCAUUGCCAGAAUGUGAAACAAAAUAUAUGGAAAGUGCUUUUACAGAAGGCAAGAAUAUACCAUGUUCCACUAUAUCUGCUUUUGAAAUUACUAUGAAUGAAUCUUUCAAAUUGACACCAAGAUGUAUGAAUUCUCACAAGGGAAGAAAGGAAGUUACUUCUGCCUCCAACACUGGAGCACAAUUGUAUCAGUCUCUUGAGGUUACAGAAGAAGAUAAAAAUUCAUGCAGAAUGAAAUCUCAGAGUGCACAAGGUGAGAUCAGUUCUAUGUCAGUGACAAAAGAAACUUGUACAAUUUCAGAAAACGCACACAAUCAACUGAUAUCUGGAAGUUCUGAAUCUUGUCAAGAUGGGCUCAAUUGCUUGAAACCUGUUCAACAGUGCACAGAUUUAUCUGCUGAAACCAUUUCAAAAGGAAAACUUAAAAAUGAAAACUUAGAAGUAAACUCUGCACAGGAAGUUGUUAUUCAAUGUGCCGCUUCAAAAAAUAAAUUCGGGAGUCUAGAAAGUAAUAGUCCUUUCUCUUCAGCCAAAGAGAAGAUUAAAACUAAAUCCCCUGAACCCAAAUUUACCACUGAAAAUGUUAAACAGCCCCCAUCUGCCAAUGGAGAAACAAAAAUGUUUGAUUCCUCUUUAAUCUUAUCUCAGCCAAAGUUGCUUGACAAAUGCACAUAUUUAACUGCUAGUCAAACAGAACUAACAGAAUUGUUUCGUAUGUUAGAGGAUACAGAUAACCAGUUUGAAUGUAUGCAGUUUAGUAAUCAGUCUACAGUCAAAGUAACAAGCAAAGAUACCGACCUUCUGAUUACUGAGCAUUUAGAUCAGACUUCCCCAGCUCCUAUGUUGGAAAAAUGGAAGGAUAUUAAUUUUUGUAAAAGUUUGGACAUUGAACCUUCAGUGCAGUUGGAUAACAAGUCAUGUAACUCCCAUCAGCAUGCAGAUUCCUCAAAAAUGAGCACCACACCUGAAAUCUGUCGUCGGAAUGUGGAAGAAAUACAGCAAAUGAUAGUAAAUAAACUUGCUGAUUCCUUUGCCUUGAGUAAUGAAGAGAAAGACACUGCAUCAUCUACAGUACCAAAUGUCGGUGUGAGCUGUAUGGAACUUGGCUCAGAUGUUAAAAUCAAACCGCUUGGUCAGGCAGUUCAAUCCCUGAAUGAUGAUAUGAGAUUUAAGGGGGAGUAUGGAGGAUUUUGUGCAGCAAGUGGGAAUAAAAUAAAGCUUUCUGUAGAGAGUCUGAGAAAAGCAGCAAAAAUUUUUGAGGACUUUGACAAUGAUCAAACUGCUGCUCGGAAUAAUGCAAUUAAUGGUUUUGGGUAUUUACUAGAAAAUUCUGUGACCAAGUCUGAAAAAGUAAUUGACGAUAAAUCAGAUGAUCAAAAAACUCUAAAAGCUAAUGAGUCACACCAGCUGUGUGCAGCGCUUGACUGUCAUUCUUCCGUUUACAGUAAAAAUAGUGAGAAGAUAUUAAAAAAUAGCCAUAAAAUUGAGAUCGGUGAUAAAAACCUAAGAGGUUUCCAGCCAGUGGGGUCUAGGAGGUUCGCUAAAUCGGAAGAAGCAACUCCAGAUAAAACAGUAUAUUUGACCACUGACCCAAAUGUCUUGAAAAAUUCUGACACUGAGAGCAUUGGGCAGCAGAGUACAGUUAAAAAUGCAAUUUGGGAAAAGAGCACAUGGCAGCCUUUCUACAAUGGCACAGAAGACACUGGGAACAAGGAAUUAGUUAACAGUAAAAUUGAUCCUGAAAUAAAGUGUUUCCAGACUGCAAGUGGUAAAAGAGUCACAGUGUCUAAAGGACACUUGGAUAAAGCAAAAUGUUUAUUUGAGACUGAAGAUUCCUGUAUUGAAAACUGGCAAAACUCCAAGCUACCAAUUGAAGUAGCACAAAAUGCACCUCAACAACCUGAUGAGAGUAUAAAUAUUUUACAAAGCCAUGUGGUGAAAAAUGAUACAAGUAUGCAACUCGGCGAUCAAAGAAGGAGAAGUCAGACAGAAUUAAAUGUGACAGUUUGUCCUACAUUUAUAGUUCACUCUGAGAGCAAUAUUUCUGAAACUAAUUCCAUUCAAAAUAGUUCCCUGUUUGCUGCUCCAGACACUGGUAUGAAAGGAUUUCAAACUGCUAGUGGUAAGUUAGUUCCUGUAUGCAAAGCAUCUCUUGAUAAAGCAAAAGUUCUAUUUGCUGAGGAGGACAUAUUGCAUAAACCUAUAACAUGUUCUGGUGAAACAUUUUCCGUUGUGUCUGCUUGUCCACAUACUGGUUCACCAGUAAUUCAGAGUGAAAAGAAGAAACAGUUGAUGAAUGCCCACAGUCCUGAACUGCUUCACCUUAUGAAUUCUAAAAGUGAAUUGCAUCAAUUUUCUUUUCAAAGCAAACCGAUGUCUGAGCAUUUGGAUCUGUCCAACAGUACAGAAACGAGAGGUUUCCAGACUGCUAGUGGUAAAAGAGUUAAUGUGUCAGAAAUGGCCUUAAGUAAAGGAAGGGCUUUGUUUGUUGAAGAGGAUUUUGAUAAAUUGGGAAUUCAAGAUGAUUUAAUGUCAUCUGCAGACAAUAAAAAAAUGCUUUCUGAGGAAAAUAUUUUAAAUGAUAGAGAAGCUAACCUUCCACAGAGGUUAAAUAUGAUUAACCGGAUAACUGUUCUUCCAGUUAAGCAAUCGUUAGGGUUCUACACUGCAAAUGGUGACGUUGUUUCAGUAAGUGAGACAAAUUUGAAAAAUAUACACGACAAAUGUUCAGUUGAUGAGCCUGGGGACAGCAAAAUUUCAACUUCAGAUCAAGACGAUUUUCAUGUAUUUGAGCCUUCUCAACAAUUUUUUAGUACUGGAUCUAUUGCUUUCGGCACAGCAAGUGGCAAGUCUGUAAGUGUUUCAGAAGAAUCUUUGAAGAAAUGCAAACACUUACUUAAUGAUGUGGGAGUUAAUGAAAAAUUUAAGAUUAUGGACAAUGGUGUAAACUCCAAGGAAAACAAACUUUCUGAAGAAACAUGGAAUCUAGACACUUCCAGCAAAAAGACACCUCUUGGGUUCAGCACAGCAAGCGGAAAAUCUGUUUUUGUUUCUGAUGAUGCACUUCAGAAAGUUAAGCAUAUGUUACAAGAAUUUGUCAGUAGUGAUUCUUCUACUGUUAGCUCAAAAACUGCAUUUUGCAAAAAACCUCAGAUUCUGUUAACAUCUACCUGUUCUUCUUCAUUGUUCUUUAAUACUGCUAUGAGCAGGGAACAAAUGUGUGAAGAAGAAAGUUCAGAAUUGAUUCAUAAAUUAUCAAAUAAUGCUGCAGGGAAUGUUUCAGUAUUGCAAAAUUCUCCCCAGGUAGAGUUAAGUGAAAGGGAGAUCAAUAGAUCAACAAGCAGUUUAGCAGAUUAUUCAAAGAAGAGUGUUUUCAUGUCUGGAUUUCAAACUGCUAAAGGGAAAAGAGUAAUGGUAGAAGAAAGUAGUUUAGCUGCAGCAAGUAUGCAUUUAGAUUCAGUUGAAAAUGAAGAAUUGGGUCAUUCUGCUGAGAGAGUUAAUAUGGUCACUGGAAGUAGAAUUAAAUCAACAUCUAACAUGAGCAGUGAAUCUGCACAUAUAGCACAUGCUUUGAAUUGCAAUCAUGGCAUGUAUCCCAAAAUGCUGGAAAACAACAUGGCAAAAAUGGCUGUGGAGGGGUCAAACGCUCUGAUAGAAGAUGAUAAACGUUUUGAUACUACACCUCGCAAGUCCUUUCGAACAACCUAUGACUGUGCCAAUCAAUCCAUUAGACCAGACUUAAGAACAGGAAAAAGACUUCGAUCAGAAGGAAAGACUACAACGGAGGAACCUCUACCAAAAAGGCAGCUGCUGUCUGAAUUUAACAGAACUAUACAUAGUAAUCACAAAGUUGAAUUCAAGCCUUUACUAUGUAAUCCUGAAGGAGUACUUUGUGACCGAAGGAAAUUCAUGUAUAUUGUCCCAAUGAAGUCUGUUGCUUGUGGUCUAUCUAUAGACAAAAGUGUUUCAAACAGAAUUCAUCAGCAGUCAAUUUCUCCCAAUGUCACGUUCCCAGUCCAAGAAAACUCAAUUCAGCGCAGUUUGUGCCUUCAACAUGAAGUCAGUUCACUGAAAGGACAACAAGCAGUAUUCAAACCUCCAUUCCAAAGAUACUCAAGUAAUUACAUUAAGAAGAACAGCAGUGGACAUACUCCAUCAAAGCCAGCAAAGGUUUUUGUCCCACCAUUCAAAACUGUUCCAAAAUCAAGUCAAAUGGAAAGCCAAGAUAAUGUGAACAUUACCAAUUCUUCAGUCCCAGCUGAAAUUGGGAUUUCAGCGACGACAAUGAAUCCCAAUAAACUUUUGCAAGAUGAUGGCAUAUUAAAAGAUGAUUCAGUACUAGUUAGCAAUGUUCAAGACGAACUCCAGUCAGUGUCUGAUACUUCAGAAGAACUUAAAGCUGCUGCUGAAGAUAUCUCUAGGAUUGUUCAGAAUUGGGGAUGUGCAAGGGAGCUGCAGGAAAUGAGGUUAAUAAAGAAGCAAAAGCAAGUUAUUCGUCCACAGCCAGGGAGUUUGUACAGGAUUAAAAGUUCUGGUGGAACAAGACUAACCCUGCACUCAGCAGUUGAAGGGAAAGUUCCAACUUCUUUCACAGAAGAGCAGCUGUACAUUUAUGGAGUCAGCAGAGGUACUUUGAAGGUACGAGCAGAAAAUGCAGAAUCAUUUCAGAUCAACAGUCGAGAAUUCUUCAGUGAAGAACUGGUUAAAACCGGAAAUGGAAUGCAGCUUGCUGAUGGUGGUUGGCUUGUACCUAACAACAAUGGAAUGGCAGGAAAAUGUGAAUUUUACAGAGCUCUUUUAGAUUCUCCUGGUGUAGAUCCCAGAUUAAUCAGUGAAGCUUGGGCUUACAACCAUUAUAAGUGGUUAGUGUGGAAAUUUGCAGCGAUGGAGACAGCGUUCCCCAAAGAGUUUGGUGGCAGGUGCCUGACACCAGAAACAAUUCUUCUGCAUCUUAAAUACAGGUAUGAUGUAGAGAUUGAUAAGUGUCGUCGAUCUGCUUUGAAGAAAAUUAUGGAAAGGGAUGAUGUGCCAGCAAAAACACUUGUGGUUUGUGUUUCUAAGAUAAUAUCAAUGGGAGUAAAAUCAUCCCAAAGUAACCUGGAUCUUGAUGAUACAAUUAAACAGUCUAAAACUGUAUCUGAGAAGUGUGUCAUAGAAGCAAAGAAGGAUAUGCGCUUGGGAGUUGUUGAAGUCACUGAUGGCUGGUAUGGAAUUAAGGCCCUUCUGGAUCUUCCACUCACAUCACUUUUGCAGAAAAGAAGACUUGUAGUUGGUCAAAAGAUUGUUGUCCAUGGGGCAGAACUUAUUGGGUCACAGGAUGCUUGUACACCUCUGGAAGCUCCAGAAUCACUCAUGAUAAAGAUUUCAGCCAAUGGUACCAGACCAGCUCGAUGGUAUGCUAAGCUAGGAUUUCAUCGUAAUCCUCGACCUUUCCCAUUACCAAUAUCUUCCCUGUUUAAUGAAGGUGGAAUGGUUGGUUGUGUUGAUGUGAUUGUUGUUCGAAUUUAUCCUGUACAGUGGAUGGAAAAGAAAUCCAACGGAACAUACAUAUUCCGGAAGGAACGGGCUGAAGAACGAGAGGCUUGGAUACAUUAUGAAAAUCAGCAGAGAGAGCUGGAACUGUUGUAUGCCAAAACUGAGGCUGAACUGCAGGAACAAUAUCGAGUUGACGAAAAGAAAAAGAGAGAACGCAAAGUGCAGAAGUUAAGUGACCAACAGAUCAUGAUGCUUCAGGAUGGUGUAGAUUUGUAUGAAGCAAUUCAGAAUUCUUCAGAUCCAUUAUCUGUUGAGGGCUAUUUAAAUGAACAACAGUUGAGAGCCCUGAAUAACUAUAGACAAUUGUUGAACGAACAAAAACAAGCCCAGAUCGAGGCCGAGUUCAAAAAAGCGUUAGAAAGUGCUCAACGUGAAAACAGCUACACAAAAAGGGAUGUUAGUCCUGUGUGGAAACUCAGCGUUGUGGACUACAAAAAUCAGAACAGUAAUGCAGUUUACAUGUUAAAUAUCUGGCGCCCAGUUGCUGAACUACAUUGCCUCCUGAUGGAGGGUUCAAGGUAUCAUAUCCAUUAUUUGACAACCUCAUCAUACAAGAAUCGGUUAAACCAUGCUGAUUUGCAGUUGACUGCUACAAAGAAAACUAGAUACCGACAACUGCAGCCAUCUCCCGAAGUGUUGGGAAAACUCUAUCAACCUAGGCAGGCAGUGACCUAUGGAAUGCUCCUUGAUCCAUUCUUUAGAGCCUUCUGCAAAGAGGUGGACCUAGCAGGAUAUGUGAUCCACGUUUUGGGAAAAUCAGAUGCACCUACAACUGUGUACCUGGCUGACGAGAAUCAGGAUCUGGUGGCUGUAAAGAUUUGGGGAGGUUUAAGUCAGCUGGCUUUGGAAGAUAUCAUCAAACCAGGUGUCUUAGUUGGUGCAAGCAAUUUACAGUGGACAUCAAGUAGUUACAUGGGUAUUCCUAUACUAUCCACUGGGGAUCUUUCCAAUUUCUCUGCAAAUCCAAAAGAAGGACAUCUGCGGAAAAAGUACACUGAACUAAAACUUUCUGUGCAGAAUCUACAAAGUUUCAUUAAGAAUACUGAGGAAAGGGUGAUGACUGUGCUUGAAACAGUAAAUGCUCUAAGGACAUCCAGAGAGUUUGGUUCUGACCUACUUACUCCUACUCAAAGGAAAACGGGCUUUGUUCCAGUUAGUAGCACUCCGCUUUCUCCAUCUAAUUCUGAAAGCAAGCCACAGAUACUUCCAGCAUCAGUAGAACUUGCAUCCAGACCUGCAUUGUGUAGUACAAAAACAACAUCUGAUGAUUCGCUUGCAAAUUUGAAGAAGAAAAAACUUAGUCUUUUGUCUCGGAUUCCUUCUCCUGCCCCUUUGUCUCCUCUUUGCAAUUCUGUUUCACCAGCUGUACAGAAAGGAUUUAAACCACCCAGGAGAUGUAUUACCCCUCAAAGCCAUGAAGAAACAAUUCAAACUGGAACUAAUAAACUUUCCUCUUUGAAGAGAGCUGCAGUUUCCAAAAUAGCAGAUGAUAAUUGGGUCACGGAUGAAGAACUUGCAAUGAUAAACACUCAGGCACUUCGUGAAGGUUGGGAAAAUGGGCACAGUGAAAAUGAGGAAGGAAAGGUUACUAAGGGACAAAUUAUCAUUCCAAAGGGUAUUACCUUUUUAUCUGACACUGUUAAAAGUCACCUUGAUAUUAAUCUCGGGUCUCAAACUUCAAAGGUAGCUGAAGACAACUGGGUUACAGAUGAGGAACUUGCAAUGAUAAAUACACAGGCACUUUUUGAAGGUUGCGCUAAUGAGAGCAAUCAAAGGGACCGAGGAAAGGUUCAAAAAUCGCAAAUUGUCAAUACUAUAAACCUUGCUUUAUUGUCACAAAAUGGUGAAUUUAGGAGCAAAGUUUCCAAGAUUGUUGAUAAUUGGGUUGCAGAUGAAGAACUUGCAAUGAUAAAUAGUCAAGUGCCUUGUGAAGGUUUUGUUAAUGGGAGCUGUGAAAAUAACAAGGACUCAUGUGAAAAGGUACAAGCUGUCAGUUCUAAUGACUCUACAUCUUUGCAGCAAAAUGAUGAAAUACCUCUUGAAUGUGAAUUUGAGACUAUCGUUGCUUUGCCAAAUCCAAGUUCGUCUAUUGUCUCGCAGUCCAAACGAAGGCGCACAAAUGAAACUAAUAUGGGAAAUUCAAAUGAAGACACUUGUUCUUCUUUCAGACUGACUGUCCCUACACAAAACAAUGGCAGUGACAAAGUUGAAGCUCAGGUUGAGGAUGAUUUACAAAACAAACAGGUUUUGCCUCAUAAACGGCAUAGGAAUAGCAAAUGAAAAUUGAAGUUUUUUUCCACUACAUUUAGAGUACAUAUUGUUGAGGACUGAAUAUUCUAUUUAAAGUAGAGGUAUGCAUUGUUGGUGUUCCCAACAUUAGUACUUCUAAAAGGUUUGUAAAUGCAA